AUGGUUUCCCAGGGCUCCUCACCAUCCCUCCUGGAGGCCCUGAGCAGCGACUUCCUGGCCUGUAAAAUCUGCCUGGAGCAACUGCAGGUGCCCAAAACGCUGCCCUGCCUGCACACCUACUGCCAGGACUGCCUGGCACAGCUGGCCGAGGGCGGCCGCCUCCGAUGCCCUGAGUGCCGCGAGUCUGUGCCCCUGCCGCCCGCGGGCGUGGUCGCCUUCAAGACCAACUUCUUUGUCAACGGACUCCUGGAUUUGGUGAAGGCCCGGGCCGGUGGCGACCUGCGGGCAGGGAAGCCAGCCUGUGCCCUGUGCCCCCUGAUGGGGGGCGCCAGUGCCGGGGGCCCAGCCACUGCCCGCUGCCUGGACUGCGCCGAUGACCUGUGCCAGGCCUGUGCCGACGGACACCGGUGCACCCGACAGACCCACAGCCAUCGGGUGGUGGACCUGGUGGGCUAUAGGGCCGGGUGGUACGAUGAGGAGGCCCGGGAGCGCCAGGCAGCCCAGUGUCCCCAGCACCCAGGGGAGGCCCUGCGCUUCCUGUGCCAGCCGUGCUCGCAGCUGUUGUGCCGAGAGUGUCGCCUGGACCCCCACCUGGACCACCCCUGCCUGCCCCUGGCUGAGGCUGUGCGCGCCCGGAGGCCCGGCCUCGAGGAGCUGCUGGCCGGCGUGGACACCAACCUGGCCGAGCUGGAGGCCACCCGGCUGGCCGAAAAGGAAGCCUUGGCCCGGCUGCGGGAGCAGGCGUCCAAGGUGGUCACGCAGGUGGAGGAGGCGGCCGAGCGAGUUCUCAGGGCCCUCCUGGCCCAGAAGCAGGAGGUGCUCGGGCAACUGCGGGCCCACGUGGAGGCUGCCGAGGAGGCUGCUCGGGAGCGCCUGGGGGAGCUGGAGGGCCGGGAGCAAGUGGCCAGGGAGGCCGCCGCCUUUGCCCGUCGGGUGCUUAGCCUGGGGCGCGAGGCUGAGAUCCUCUCGCUGGAGGGGGCGAUCGCCCAGCGGCUCCGGCAACUGCAGGGCUGUCCCUGGGUGCCUGGGCCCACUCCCUGCCAGCUGCCGCAGCUGGAACUGCAUCCUGGGCUCCUGGACAAGAACUGCCACCUGCUGAGGCUCUCCUUUGAGGAGCAGCAGCCACAGGACAGCGAGAAGGAUGGAGCCCAAAGCCAGGGAGGUGAUGCAACCCAGCCCCAGAGCAGGGAUGGAGUUCAGACCCCCGACCAGGACAGAGCGCAGACACCCCAAGAGGACGAAGCCCAGCCCCUCAAGGCGGAGAGAGCCGAGACUCCCGAGGAAGAUGGAGCCAAGACCCCGAAAGAGGGCAGAGCCCAGACACCCCAGGAAGAUGGAGGAACCCAGGCCCGGGGGGGCGGAAGGUCCAACAAGAAGAGGAAGUUCAAAGGCAGGCUCAAGUCCAUCUCCCGGGAGCCCAGCCCUGCCCCCGGGCCAAACCUGGAGGGCUCCGGCCUCCUCCCCAGGCCCAUCUUUUUCUGCACCUUCCCCACCCGGAUGCCCGGGGACAAGCGUGCCCCCCGCAUCACUGGGCUCUGUCCCUUUGGCUCCCGGGAGAUCCUGGUGGCGGAUGAGCAGAACAGGGCCCUAAAACGCUUCUCUCUGAAUGGCGACUACAGGGGCGCGGUGCCUGUGCCCGAGGGCUGCUCCCCAUGCAGUGUGGCCGCCCUGCAGGAUGCCGUGGCAUUCUCAGCGGCCGCGCGGCUCUAUCUCAUCAACCACAAUGGCGAGGUGCAGUGGCGCCGGGCGCUGAGCCUCUGCCAGGCCAGCCACGCUGUGGCUGCCAUGCCGAGCGGGGACCGGGUGGCGGUCAGCGUGUCCGGACACGUGGAGGUGUACAACAUGGAAGGCAGCUUGGCCACGCGGUUCAUCCCUGGGGGCAAGGCCAACCGGGGCCUGCGGGCACUGGUGUUCCUGACCACCAGCCCCCAGGGCCAUUUUGUAGGGUCCGAUUGGCAGCAGAAUAGCUUGGUGGUCUGUGAUGGGCUGGGUCAGGUGGUUGGGGAAUACCGGGGACCCGGUCUGCAUGGCUGCCAGCCGGGCUCCGUGUCCGUGGAUAAGAAAGGCUACAUCUUUCUGACCCUUCGUGAGGUCAACAAGGUAGUGAUCCUUGAUCCGAAGGGCUCGCUGCUUGGCGACUUCCUGACGGCCUAUCACGGCCUGGAAAAGCCCCGGGUGACCACCAUGGUGGACGGCAGGUACCUGGUCGUGUCCCUCAGUAACGGGACCAUCCACGUCUUUCGGGUCCGCCCUCUUGACAGUUAA